AUGGCCGUUCAGUCUAAGCUGCUACCGCCCGAACGUUCCGUCAAGCAAAUCCUCUCUAGCCUCACAUCCCUCUACCUCCGAAACCGCACCCGCAUCUCGCGCGGCGUAUAUCUCGCCCUCUUUGUCGCCUUAGCCAAACGAAUCCAUAAUGCCAUCUCCGAACAGAAAGCUGCGUCUCAGCAGGUCGAGCUACGGCGCCGACCCGGCACCAGCAGCCUCGGCGACGAGGAACAACCCCGCAAGAAACGCGUGGAGAUCAACCGGGAAUUCUUCAAGAGCCUACUUCGCUUAUUGAAGAUUGUAAUUCCCGGAUGGCGCAGCAAGGAGUUCCGCCUGCUGCUAAGCCACAGCGUGUUCCUGGUAUUGCGCACGCUGUUGAGUCUGUAUGUCGCCGAGCUGGACGGCAGACUUGUGAGCAACUUGGUGCGCGGCAAGGGCAAAGACUUCUUGCUCGGCCUGUUCUGGUGGAUGCUUGUGGCGAUCCCUGCCACGUUCACUAACUCUAUGCUUUCAUAUCACCAGUGUCGACUCGCUUUAAGCUACCGGAAGCGUCUGACGGACUACAUUCACGAGAAGUAUCUAUCAAAUAUGACCUUCUAUGCCAUAUCAGCCUUGGAUGACCGGAUCAAGAAUCCCGACCAACUCGUCACUGUGGAUGUCUCCCGGUUCUCGGACAGCCUGGCAGAGCUAUACUCCAAUCUGGCCAAGCCAGUGCUUGACAUGGCCAUCUACAACUACUCGCUCUCCAAGAAUGUCGGAGGCGAAGGGCUGUUCAUCAUGAGUCUGCUUGUGCAGCUGUCGGCAAAUGUCAUGCGCAUGCUAACACCGCCCUUUGGCAAAUAUGUCGCCGAUGAGGCCCGCUUAGAGGGCGAGUUCCGUUUCCUCCAUUCACGACUUAUUGACUACAGCGAAGAGGUAGCCCUCUAUCACGGCCACGAGGCCGAGAAGGACACUCUGGACAAGGGCUACUUCACUUUGAUCAAGCACGUGAACCGUAUCUUGCGCCGCCGGUUGUACCACGGAUUCAUGGAGGACUUUGUGAUCAAGUACUUCUGGGGCGCUUUGGGCUUGAUGCUGUGCAGUGUGCCUGUCUUCUUCAAGAUCCCUGGGCAGGCUACUCACAGCAUGGGCGAUCACACAGAGAGCUUUGUGACAAACCGCCGAAUGUUGCUCUCCUCAUCUGACGCUUUCGGUCGAUUGAUGUUCUCUUACAAGGAAAUCUCGGAGCUAGCUGGCUAUACCUCACGAGUCUCUUCCUUGCUGGAAGUCAUGGAUGAUUUGCUCGCGGGGAGAUUCGAGAAGAAGUUGGUAUCCUCCGCCUCAACUGAAGAGAAUGCCGAGGUUCUUUCUGGCAGAGGCGAAGUACUGGAAAGCGAUGCAAUCGAGUUCACAGAUGUACCGAUUGUGUCGCCGAACGGCGACGUACUCGUCCGAAAGCUUUCUUUCACAGUCAAUCCCGGUGACCAUCUUUUGAUUGUCGGGCCUAAUGGUUGUGGUAAGUCGUCUCUGUUCCGGAUCCUAGGCGGGCUCUGGCCGGUCUACGGAGGCGUGGUGAAGAAGCCCCGUUUCGACGAUAUCUUCUACAUUCCUCAACGGCCAUAUCUAUCGCGUGGUACCUUGCGGCAGCAAGUCAUCUACCCGGAUGGUGUUCGCGAGAUGCGGGCCAAAGGUAUCACUGACGAUGACCUUUACGAGGUCUUGUCUGUGGUUGAAAUCGCGUCUGUCGUAGACCGCCCUGGAGGCUGGGAUGCGGAGGAAGAAUGGCGAGAUGUUUUGUCUGGCGGUCUGCAGCAGCGUAUUGCCAUGGCUCGUCUGUUCUACCACCGGCCCAAGUUUGCCAUUUUGGACGAGUGCACUUCCUCCGUGACCCUGGAGAUCGAAAAGGUCAUGUACGAAACGGCGAAGAAACUCGGCACCACGCUUAUGACCGUCUCGCACCGACGUAGUCUCUGGCAAUAUCACCAGAAGAUCCUCCAAUUUGAUGGCCAAGGUGGCUAUAUCUUUACUGGACUUGACUGGGAGCGACGCUUGAAGCUUGAAGAGUGA